AUGAUGGGGCACUAUUCCUCCCACUGUGACACCAAUGAUGGGGCACUAUUCCUCCCACUGAUACCAAUGAUGGGGCACUAUUCCUCCCCCCACUGAUACCAAUGAUGGGGCACUAUUCCUCCCACUGACACCAACGAUGGGGCACUAUUCCUCCCCCACUGACACCAGUGAUGGGCCACUAUUCCUUGCAAGGCUUGGAUGCAGCUGCUCGGCCAUGGAAACCCAUUCCAUGAAGCUCUCU